AUGUUUGCUGGGGCGGCGUGCAUCCCGAUGUGCUAUUUGCAAAAGCUUGGAUUCGAUUCUCGUAAGGAUGCACGCGAAGAGCUCUUCACGCGAGUUCGAUUGAUAUACGAUUUUGAUUAUGAGACAGACCGGCUUGUACUUGUUCAAUCCCUCCUGCUAAUGACUCUAUGGUACAAGUCUCCGAAUGAGCAUCGAAAUACCUGGCACUGGGUUGAUGUUGCUGUGUCCCAAGCCUUUGCCGCCGGUCUCCAUGUAGAGCCAGACAAAGCCAAAUUAUCUCGUCAACAGUACAACUUGCGCCGAAAGAUCUGGUGGUCAUGUUAUUCGACUGACAGACUCAUAUCUCUCACAUUAAAACGACCUCCAAAGAUUCGAGCCGGCGACUUCCAAGUCUCGAUGCCGGAAGAAAGCGACUUUCAAACCGUAACACAGCCAAAGGGUGGCUACGAUCUAUUACUAACUUUGUGUCCUUACGUUUCAGACGACGGUUUACGUUCAACACUGGCCAGAUUGUUCAUUGAUCAUGUGUGCCUUUGUCACCUCAUGGACCCCUUUCUUCGAUCUUAUCGAUCCCCAUGGGUGGACAAGGACAACAUACUACUCUAUUGCGACCCUCAGACAACUGAAACCCUCAGCUGUCAAGCCAAUAGCAUUGAAAAGCUUUUAGCCUUGAGGAAGCAGUUGACAGAAUGGAAAGCUUCAUUGCUACAAGUCUACCACUACAACGCAUAUGCUAGUAAUGAUUUUGCUUCUACGAUCUACUUGCAUUACAUUACUCUGCAAUUUAUGUUUCAAACCCUGAUGCUGUAUACUCAUAGAUCGGCAUUGAUCGUUGCUGAGCAUGAUCAAGACUACGCGGAAAUUCAGAAGGCAAAGACGGGUAUGGUCGACGCGACAAGAGAGAUCUCUAACCUGGCGGGCGAGGUUGUCGAGAGGGGACUUUGUCGAUUUCUUCCCGCCUCCGUCUUGGCAGGUGUUGUGCAUGCAGCAGUUAUAAAUCUUCAGAAUGCCAGGGACCAAGAAGAAUCUCAUAAGCGAGACUCGGAAGAAGGACUUAUGCAAUGCCUCGAAGUCAUCAGGAUAAUGGAAGAAAUACAUGAGCCUGCCACAUUAGCAAAGAACGCUAUCGCAUGGGCAGCAUCGAGGUCUCGAGAUGACAGGGAGCUGUCGAAUAUGGGCGUAAGUCCAGAUCAAGACAUACUUGCAGAUGAUCUAGAAACUACUUACUCGUUGCACGGGUCUUCCAGUCUAAAUGACUACACCAGCGAUGGUCUUGAAACCAACUCCUCCACAAUAGCAACAAGCCUGCGGUCUGCAGAUCUUGAGCAUGUGGAAGAGCUGUACCCGUUGAUGAUGGCCUGGGGGCUGAUAGCUGAGACAGAACCGCCGAAACCGGCAAUGAACGCAGAGCUUUGCGAACACAGUACCACAUCGAUUGAAGGUUUAGGGAUUCUUAACGACUUUUCCUUGGCAAUUGAGUUUAGAAACAGGUCUUCAGAGACAUGCAGCAUAUAG